AUGACAACAGAUGUGUGGGCGCUGGUACGUGGAGACAACGAACGAGCACUUGAAGAAUAUUUGGAGGGCUGCGAAGGCGAGGGACAUAAGGAACGCCAGGCGCUCACGUCAAAUAGGACGCCGAAGGUCGCGGAAAAGCCGGAACGACCUCAAUCCCUGGAGAAGCUUGGCCCCGUCAAGGAGCCGCCACCGCUGACCCUUUUGCAAAGGAUCAGAAAGGCAAAGAUAGAACAACGCGUACCCUCAAUACUACAAGAGGACACUGUUGGCGAGCAGACUGAGCACGACCAGCCCGUCAGCCACAUCCGCCAAAUCCAUCACGAGGCCACAAAGUCGCCCUCAAUCCAAUCUACCGAAACCUCGUCCUCCCACGAAAAACCGAAGACCAAGAUCACCUCCAAAGUGCGCUCCGCCAUUCUGUCCACAGCCAAGAAGCUGACCCGGGGUCGUAGCGGGAGCUCUGGGUCUGGGGGGAGUCGCAGGUCCACGCAGGAGAUCCACAUCGUUUCUCAGGCCGAUGCGCAUCCCGGUGAUCCGGACAAUAUCGAAAAUCGGCUCCAAGAGACUUUGGUCCUUGACGUUCCACCUCCAGUAGAACUUCAUCGCAGUAGAGAGCUGGAAGAAACACAUUCAAGCAGUUCGACCGGAUUGAUUUUGCAAACCGAGGUCUCGGCCACCGUCCAUGUUCAUCGACAAAGCGAUCAGAUCCACCUUGAGCACCACCAGGGGGUGGAUCAUCUUCACGGAGUCGAGCUGAGACGUGAGCACGAGCAUUAUGAUCCUUAUAAGGAUUCUGAUGAGAUGUACGAGCAGUAUUCGGCUCCGAAGGGUGUUCUUGGGACUGGACAGGGUGCGUCCGUAUCAUUUCGGAAAGACGAGGAGUUCGAGCAGUACAGCGCUCAGAAGACCAUCAUUGGGGUUGGCGCUUCACCGACUUCAGGUGGGAUCGGGCAUGGUGCGUCCAUAACAGUUGGAAAGUCCGAGGUCUUCGAGCAGCACAGCGGGCAGAAGAACAUCAUUGGGAGUGGGAGUGGAGCUUCGGCGGCUUCUGAGGGUGUUGUGGUUGGACAUGGUGCGUCUGUCACUCUGUCCGCAACACCCGAGAAACCCCACGUUUUCGAGCAGUACAGCCCUCCAACAAACAUUGUUGGGCUCGGAGCCUCACCUACCGGAACUUUGCCGAUAAUAGGCCGAGGCGCGACACGAACAAGUUCAAGCCCAAAGCCCUAUGACCGCUACACCCCCCACGGUUACUCCCCGUCCACAAAAUCACCAACCUUUAAAGUGCCACCCAUCCCCACCGAGGCCAUCGAGCCGUACAGCCCCUAUGCUGACGUUGUCCUAAAGAAGGUAGGUGAACAAAAGUCAGCUCACUACAACGCCUACGGUGCUGACGCCGAGAUCGCUGCCGCUUCACAACGUCACCUCAUCUCCCCGGAACCACAGCUCGACGAAUCCGGAUAUGCAAUUCCCGAAAGGGCAUUAUCACCGCCCCCCGAUGCCCCGCCCACAGAGAAGAAGUGGACCUGGAGGGGCACAACAACUUCGGCCAGUUCAAGGAGCAGAACCCCCACAGACUACGAGGUUGCUGAUUACAUGAUGGAGACGGCGAGGUUGGAUGAUGCUCGUAUCGAGCACAGAGCCGUCGAUGACACCCCCAGGAUCAGUGAGCGUGUCCUCAGCCCAGUCGAAAUGGAGCGCGUACUCAGCCCCGUGCUAAGCCGGGAGCACGAGCUGCAGACGAAACUCCACUAUGAUGACGACCUCUCCGAAAAGCUCAGAAAAUCACUGCAAGAGGCCGAGAGAUCGCUUGCCCAACCAAAGGAGAGGGCAGUCGAUGUACAACACCGCAGGUUUGAAGCGUCUUCCAGCGUCUCGUCCACGGAUUUUGUGCAGGAGGUGAUGUCGAGGAGGAGCUUCAACUUGGAUGGGGCUCCGCAUAGAGCUGUGCCGAGUACGGUGACUCCGCCCUCGACGCCGUUGACCGCGACCAUUACAUCGACGGCGAAUCCCUUGGCUGCGUACGCACGUCAGGAGAGUCAUCUGGAGACGCACGAUGAACAUGCUGAAUAUGAUGAAGUGACGGUGGAAAGGGUGCAGCAACAGAAGGGCAGAUCUCAGCUUCUCGAAGAGAUCCGCAACCGCAAAUGGAAACCCGAACCGGUGGUGCUCACCAACUACACGGUACACACCGAACCAUCACGACCCACCAAGCCGGUACCCGCACCACGCAACCAUGAAUAUGACGAGGUGGCCAGAGAGGAGCCAGUAUUCGGCCAUUCCCAACUCUCCGGAACCUACACCUCCACGGUCGAGACACACCUCGGCGAGGAGAACAUCUACGAGGAGAUUGAUCACUAUCAAAUCGUGCCCGCCAAACAGAACUCCACGACCUCCCAGAAGACGUCUGCAGCCCCUCCCCCUCCCCCCACCUCGGCCCCACCUCCUCGUGAUGUGCACCGGGCUCGCGAGGAGUUUGCCCAUCGACACGACUCGAGUGCUGAGCGAAAGUUUAAGGGCAACAAGUACGAAGACGAACCAGCCCCCGAACCCACCGAAGAUGAACACCUUGACUGGGAGCUAAUCUACACGACGAACGCCAUCCGCCAGAUGAGCCGCAACAACAAGUGGAGGGAGAGCAUGCUCAACAAGGACAAAAUCCCGCCCGUCCCCAAGAAGACGAAGGAACUCCCCGCCGAUGUGCUGCCCAAGAAUUCGCCAUUUACAAGACCGGCGGAGAGCCCGAGCUCGGGGAGGAAGACGCCGACUUCGUGGACCAAGAAUGAGGGCUUCACGUUUUCGGUGCCGGGGAUACAGAGAAUCGCCGUGGAGGAUGAGAUGGAAGAGGAGAGGAGCAAGAGAGCAGCGCCAGAAGCCUGGGAGCAUGAGCGUGUCGGGGUCAAGCAGGUGCCAACGAAUAUUGCACGAGGUCAUCAAAUCACGGUGCCGCGAGUGGCCCAACCCAAGGAGGUGGUGGAACCCCAGCCGGUAGAUCGACAACCCACUCACCAAGCCCCUGUUGCGCCUCGACGUGCCACGACGGAGGAAUCCUACCACUUCCAGGGUGUCAAGAAUUUACGCCAGCAGUUCUGCUCCCCAGAAGCCGCGCCAUGGCGUCGUACCCAGUCCGUUGGAAACGUGUACGAGGUGCCGAGGGCAAGGCUGGAGCACGGUGAUGAUCUGAGGACAAGACCUGGGCCUCUGAGUGAGGUUCCGAAGGGGAGGCCCAGCUCGACCUCAUCCCUAUUGGAUACGACAACGCCAUCGACACCGAUUAAGCAACCGGCCAGGACACAUCAGGACACGCCGAGGGUCGUCAGGAAGGAGGUCACCUCGCCGCUUCCUCGGAUUCAGAGUCCAAGGCCUCGGCCCGUUGAUUUGAGCCCGUUGACGGCUGAUGCUCAGCAGAGAUUCUACACCCUACGCUCACCAAGCCCACGAGCCCAAACGACACCAAGCCCACUGGCUAGAUCCGAGGCAGAGCUUCGAAUUGGUGGCGGCGCGCAACCAGGCCAACACUUCCACUCCAAGCCCUCAGAAAGCGACCAGCACGAGGUUCGACACCAGGAGCACCACCUCGAAAAAGAAAAUCACUACGAGGAGAUCGAACACGGUGAAGUAAUCGGGAAGCCUGAAGUGCAGCACCAAAAACCGGUGGAGCAUCACUAUGAUGAGCCUGCCAAGGAAAAUGGACAUCACCCGCAUGGGCCCGACUACUCACCGUACCCACAUCACUACGAACACACCUAUGAACCUCAUAAUCGAGAACGUGGCGAGCUGGUGCGACCUAUUCAGUGCGAUCCGUCGGUGGAAAGGUACUCGAUGGACAAAGAAGUGACAAAGGCGUGCAUCGAGCGGGCAAUCCGCGAUCUCGGUGUUGAUCCAAGGGAGCACCACGUCCUUCUCUCACUCCCCCAGAACAUCCCGACGUCGGUGAUUGGAGAUCUUCUGCAUACGCUUCUACAACAGUUCCACUUCAAGGCCGCCGGGAUCACCCGCCAACCCUCCUUAAUCCUCUACGCCUACGACGUAACGACAGGAGUAGUCGUCGACAUUGGCGACCGCCUGAACAUCGUGCCCGUCAUCGACGGCUACAUGGUCGAAUCAGCCGUCGUCUCGAUCCCAAUGGGUGCCCAACAAAUCCGAGACUCGCUGAGGACGUCGCUGGCCUCGCACAACAACGGUCUCUUCUCGUUCCAGACCCCGUGCGAGCGGUUGAUUCUGCGAUACUUGAUGGAGCAUUCAGCGUACGUGCCGGAGAAUUACGAGACGGAGAGCGGGGAGAAGAAGAGCAUCUCGCUGACGCCGUUCAAGCCAACGUCGAGUAUGCCGAGGGAAUUUGAGAUCGACAGCUCUCGCUUCACAUGCACCGAGGGUCUGUUCCGCCCCAAAAAGUGGCAGCUCGAGUCGAAGGGCAUCCACCACCUCAUCCACGACGCCGUCACCCAAUCACCCAUCGACAGCCGCCGUAACUUGUACAAGAACAUCUACCUGGCCGGUGGCGCCUCCCUGUUGCCCGGGUUGGCGGAGAAGGUGGAGACCGAACUGGAGACGGUGCUGCCGAACACAAUCAACGCCCAGGUGCACAUCUCACCGUGGCGGUAUCACGCGGCGUUCCUCGGGGCACAGGUAGUCGCCGCGGCAGCCUCGUUUGAAGAUUCCUGCAUCGGCCCCCAGCAGCUUCAACAGUUCCUCACCCAGCUCCAAGCCACCGGAUUC